AUGUCAUUUUCAAGGAGGCUGACAAAAACACCAACUGCUGGUGUCGUAACACCUCUUUGUGAAUCUGGUGCUUGGGAAACCGUUCAAUCGAGGAAGUCGUCGCCUGACAUCAACCAACUUGAGAUGAGCUUAAUACGAGUAUUAAAAACAGGCAGUGGAAAUAAUGAAAAGCUCGUAUCAAGCGUGUUAACAGAUGAGAUUCCCGAUUAUACUAGAACAAGAACAAGUUCACUAAGCCAAAAGUCUGCAUCACCUCUUUGUGAAUCUGGUACUUGCGAAACCGUUCAAUUGAGGAAGUCGUCGCCUGACAUCAACCAACUUGAGAUGAGCUUAAUACGAGUAUUAAAAACAGGCAGUGGAAAUAAUGAAAAGCUUGAUUCAAGUUCGAGAAGAUCAAUGGCAGAUUCAAGCAUACAUGAUCUUCGUGGAGUGAAGAACCUACUUAAAACACCCAAAGUUUCAAAAUCUCCCGAGAACGAUUUGUCGGACGUUCGUGGAGUAAAGAAACUGUUUCAAACUCCUAGAGUACAAAAGUCUCCCAAGAAUGAUCUGUCGAACAUUGGUGGAGUGAAGAAGUUACUCAAAACACCCAAGGUCCCAAAAUCCCCCAAGAACGAUCUUUCGAACAUUGGUGGAGUGAAGAAGUUACUCAAAACACCCAAACUCCCAAAAUCUCCCAAGAACGAUCUGUCCGACAUUCGUGGGGUAAAGAAACUGCUUCGAACGCCCAAAGUACGAAAAUCUCCCAAGAAUGAUCUUAGCAACAUCGUCCCGUUGAAAAUGUUAAUGUCUACUCCAAAACCGCAAAAAGAACAUAUUAACGAUUUAUCUAACGUGUCUGGGGUUAAAGACCUGUUCAUUGAAAAACAAGAAGAACUAUUUGAUUCUGUGUUCAACAAGAAACCGGUACAGAAAACACGAGGUAAGAAAAGGAAAGUUGCAGAACCAGCCAAAGUAGAAGUCGAUCAAAACAAAGUAGUGAAGACAGCUGGCAGGCCAAGAAGACACUUGAAAACCAAAAUUGAAGAAAGUGUUACUUCAAGCGCGAGCAAAACGAAUGUAGAUGAAUCAGUGAAACCAAUCAGCAGAUCCAAGCGAAAUGAGAAGGCUGAAAAUGGAGAAAGUAUUAAGAACAUUAACAAAAGGACCGAAUCUGAAACUGCCAGCAGAUCAGGAGAUAACAAAGAAAAGGAGAUCGAGAAAAAUGACUCUGAAGAUAAACCUAUGAGAAUUACAAGAGGUAAAAAAAAAGUUGUUAACCCUAGCCUUAACGACGAAACCACAAGCAGAAGACCGAAAAAAGAUCAAACUGUGAUCAAUCUGUGA